AUGUCAAGCACCAGCAGCACCUGCACAGAUGUAGCAGCGGCGGCAGCAGUUUCUGAGCAGCUUUGUUACAUCCAUUGCAACUUCUGCAAUAUUGUUCUCGCUGUGAGUGUUCCAUGCAGCAGCUUGUAUGAUACAGUGACAGUGAGAUGUGGAAACUGCACAAAUAUGUGGCCAGUGAAUGUGGGGAUGGCUGCUGCUUUUCAUCAAUCUCUCUCAGCUGGUUCAACUUCCAGUUUCCAAGAUUCAUCUUCUUCUCAUCAUCAGGUGGACACCGCACCACCGCACAUUCGUCAGUGUGGUGUUCACCGCAUACCUGCGGUGACAGAUCGCCACCACACAGUGUGCGGGAUGGGUACUCCUACAAGCCUUAAUAGUCUUCCUUGA